CCAUCUAGUCAUCGAUUUUCGCCUCCUUCGUGUGAGGCGUACCUCCAUCCACUCGCUUGCCGGAUAUUACCUGCGUGUUAUGGUCGGUGUCUCGUCAAAAGAAAAACCCUUCCCCAAUAUGUCGCGUAGUGUCAGGGCCGAAACGCGGGCUAGUAAGAAAGACGAUGUAAAAAAGUUUAUGCUCUCGAUGGAUCGGGUCCGCCGGUGGGAAAAGAAAUGGGUCACCAUAGGGGAGACGUCGAUGAAGAUCUACAAAUGGGUUCCAAUCUCCUGUAAAGACCACAAGAAGGGAGGUGGACUGCUGAAGGGAAGCACAACGGUGAGCGGUGCGGGUACAAAUGGAAAUUCGACGGUCAGCAAUGCUGCUUCCGUCAAUAGUAAUAGUAACAGCAACAGUAGUGAAAAUAAGGAAAAUACUCGCAAACCAGGGACUGAUUCGAAUUCCAAUUCGAAUUUUGCACUGACCACCGAAGAUUCCAAUACCUGCUUCUCCCUUGUGAGUGAUUCCCAAGGCGCAACGGAGUUUGUUUCGAACAUGCCCUUCUCGGAAGACUCCAAUUCACAAGGAUCGGACAGUACUCCGAAGCGACUGAAAACCGACUAGGGGAAGAGCGUAUUCGGCAUCCCACCCACAGUCUGACUCGAUUUGAGGAGGUGAGCCGGUCUUGCUGCCUUCCCACCAGAACCACUUCGUUGUAUGUAAGUUUCUUCGUUCUACGAUUCAAUCAUGGGCGCUCAGUAAUUAUAAUUACAACACUCAUCUUUAAUUAGGGAGGGUUUAAUUUGUACAAACAAAACUCUAUUAAGAUGCAUACAGUUUCAAAGUCUAGCGGUUAGUUUUAAGUAUUCUAAAUAGGGUACGAUUGUGAUUUAUAGGCACCUAGGUAGCAAGUGCGCUAUGAAUGCGAUUUUUCCUGACAAAUUCUUAGAAAGUGGACACAUUUUCUCCGCUAUUUUCACGCCUUUUCGCAGUAUAGAAACAUUAUUUAUUUCGACUCAAUAUACCAUUUUUAAUCACCUUCAAAAACUUUGACAAAGCCAAACACAUA